GAUGAAGGGAGGAGGCUAGUCCUCAUCUUGUAUAUAAGAUGUUCUCGUGAUUUAGCUUUGUUUGUUGUCUCAAAUCGUGCUAAAUCUUUGAUUCCCGAGCGUUUUUCUUUUUCCCUAUUUUCGGAGCUAUUUUGGGGGAAUUUUCGUUCAUCAUGUUUGAGCCCGAAUCUCGUGAGAUUGGUUGAAGGGAAAUGUUGCUAGAACCUUGGAGAGCAUCUUUGAUAUGAUCCUCCUCCAAAUCCCUCACGAAUUCGGCUUGAUUUUGAGUUUUUCCCAAAUCGUGUUCUUGAGUUAGGGUUUCGAUUCUCUCCAAAAUUAGUGAUGAAUACUUGAGCUUUUUAGGAUUUGUUUCAUGGAUCUAUUUGCCCUGGGGGUAUUGCUUACAUGUCUCAAGUUUCAUCUCGAUCCACUGAGUAUGAAAGGAGAUCUUGUGAUUUAAAGUUGGGGUAUGUUCUGCGAGUUCUUCCUGUUCUUCCUGCGUUCUUUCUGUUCUUCGUUGCUUCUCUAGUGCAGGGAAUCGAGCGCAGAAGCCUCGGACGGGUGCGUGCUCAGCGAGUGCUUCGUGGGCCGUCUGCAGCACAGCAGCGCAACUGGUGCAUUGCGUGCCUGGCCAGGGACUCGGCCCAGGCAGGCCAGCACCAGGCCGCGAGCGCUACGCAGGCCAGCGACACGGUCCAGUUCAGUGGCCAGCAGUCCAGCAGGCCGCUCGCUUCACAGGCCAAGCAGGCCUUUCACGUGUAGGCCUAGCAAGGUCAAGUGGGCAAACAGGAAGUAACAGGGGCACGCAGCCCAAUAGCACAUGUCGAGGUGAGAAGCAGGCUGCGCGGAUCAAUUGCGUGUGCGAUCAGUUGCUCGAAACACCAUCAGGAAAGCAACAUAUGGGGCAGAUCUUAUGGAAGAGGGUUCUUCGAUGUGGUGCCAAUAUUUUUGCUUUUGGUGCUAGCUGUGAUAUCUGAGGUGAGGGACAUUGCUUCCCACAUGUUCUCCAGCUGGACCAAAGUAGCCCUCAUGUGCCGCCUUCUAAAACAGACCACAUCUCAGCAUUCACUUCCCAAGAAUAAAUGGAUUGGCCUUCUGUUGCGUAGAAGAUGCAAGCUGAUGAGGUAUUGGGAUGAGAAGAUGGGCCAGUGCUUGGUGCUGGGGCUUCAGCCAGGAACAACCCCACUUGUUUUUCUGUGGCGUCUCCUCCGUUUACCAGACCAAAAAACAAAGGUGAAGGUGCCAGAAGCAGUGAAAGUUUCCAUCAUCCAUGAGCUGAGAAGAAGCAAAAAUGGAUGCCUGAGCGACGGCACAUCAUCUCUGCGCCGGAGCCAAGCUGGUGAUAACCUUCUCUGGGCCUGCAACAACAAGGAUACAUCUGAUACCAUACUUACAUGGCACAUCGCCACAAGCAUCCUUGAGGUCAGGUACCCCAACCGACAUGAUCAAGAACAUGUUUCUCCACUGACUUGCAACUCGGACGAUAAGAUUGUUGCCACGCAUCUGUCACGAUACUGUGCGUACCUAGUGACCUGGUAUCCAGAGCUGCUUCCUGACAACGAUGCAUGGAGCAAAAGCUUGUACGAGGACAUCACGAGGGAAGUCGAGCCUGCCCUCACCAGCCACAUUGCAUCUGCAGCGAUGUCAACGCCGCUGGCUGAGUAUGAGCAGCUAGUUGAUCAUUUGUUAUGUGCAAACACGAAGCAUGAGGUGCUCAAGAAUGGCGCGAGGCUUGGAAAGGAGCUGGCAGAGUUGAUUGAAGACGAGGAGACAGCAUGGAAGUUGCUGGCCAGCUUCUGGUCGGAGAUGAUCCUGUACGUCGCGCCGUCGGACAAUCUGAAAGGGCAUUCGGAGGCCAUCGCCCGGGGCGGCGAGCUGAUAACGCUCCUGUGGGCAUUGCUCACCCAUGCCGGGAUCGUCUGUAGGCCUGGUGAAGACCGCUGCCCUGAUGCAGCUGGUGCUACUACUACUGUUUAAUGGAGUCGUGUGAUAUUUUGUUAUUCCUGUAUUCUUAAUCGUGGGGUGUGUGUGUGUGUGUUGUGUGUUUCUUCUUUAGACGUUUGCAUCUUGCUGGCUGAUGUUGUUGUGGUUGUAUCUUGCUAAGAAUUUGAUUGUUAAACUUCGAUUUCCUGUCCUAGAGUCAAAAGAGACUAAAGAUUAAAAACUGUGGCGUGGCUUGUUGCUA